AUGGUUGAUCCUGGAUCGAGUGGUUACAAUACAGAAAAUGAAUUCUCUCAGGCCCUAGCAUAUCACCGUCUUGAGCAACUGAAAUUACCAGCUCUGUCAAUUGCUUUACCAGCAGUCACCGGAGCAGGAAUGCUAUAUCUUGCACAAGUUAUCUUGAAUGAUUUACUUAUUGCUCAUGGAAUCGAGAUAUUGCCUACAGUAACUACAUUCGAAUUAGUCUAA